CAUUUGGAAUAAACUAGAGUACAGUAAGUGUUCUACAGCGCACAGCCGCCGCAAUGACAAAUCUAUUAAUAACUUUGAACAAUAUCGACGAUUUAAGAUCGAUGCGUGAGCUGUAUAAAGCAUGUGGCAUAACUCAAUUGAUUGGUUAUCAGACGCUAGGCAACUAUAUCAGCUGGUUCGAAAGAGACCCACAACAAAAGCAUAUCAAGAUUUACACAUUGCCAGAUGUUUGGAGAAAGAGCGGACUCUAUUUGAUAGUGGAUCGCUAUCAGUUGAUGGUAAAUGCCUUAGAUACUGCCGAAGCUGCAACUGAAUUGAGAACCGCCUUGCUACAGCUUGACUGGAGUCGCGGUUAUAAAAUGACUGGCGUGCCGGACAUACAUCACGACACUAUUUUCAAGGUAUUGACGGACUUGAAUUUACUCAUCGACAUAGUGCGGCUACAAAUAAUGAUUAUGCCCAGAGCAGAGGCUUUGGAAUUAGAAGUGAGCAUCUCAACGGAGUAUGAAUUCCGCCCGCUAAUACCAGACGAAGCUGUUAUUGUGGAUAAUAUUUGGUAUUCACGUGCCAAGGGCAGUUUGGCGUUCAUCAAGCGGCUCAUUAAGUACAACUACAAUAUUGGUAUUUAUUUGAAAUCAACUGGUGAACUGAUAGGCUGGUGCAUAAGAUGCAAUCUGGGUCUGCUCGGCAUGCUACACGUCCGGGAUGCUCAUCGAGGGCGUGGUCUGGCCGGCGCAAUGGUGCACUUUUUGUCACGGCAGUUUGCUCAAUCCGGCGACGACGCCACCACUAUGAUAAACUAUGGUAAUUCGGCUUCCAUUGCGCUAUUCACGAAACUGAAUUUCAAAAAAGUCGGCACCACUUACAUUUUUAGAACAAAACGCAGCGAAGACAGCGAGAUUUGGACCGACGAGCUGGAGGCAACGGAACAAUAAAACAAUUAAAAAACAAACACCGAAUUAGAUAAAAUUUAUUUGUAUUUAUUUAACAUUUACGAGUUGUCACUUACAAACUACCGUUUUUACAACAAAUAAUUGUACAUAAAUAUGUAAGUUUGCAUACAUUGUUUAUAUGGCACUUAAAUUCCUUAUUUGGUUAAGAUAGUAACGGCAUUAGAAUUCUGCCUUGAAGCUAAAUUAAA